AUGAAAAAUGUAAACGGCGACGCGACCCGUACAAAGAAGUCGAACAAUCAAUCGGCGAGUCGUGCACGGCGCGGUGGUGACUGCAUUCCUCCGUCCCUACCUCGUCCGCGAGUCCUCACCCCUCGUCCUUCCGGCGGUGGCCACGUGACGCGGCGAUUAGCUGCCGAGUGUGCCACCGCGACCAAAAUAGAGCGCACGCAUGCUAUCUCCGAUCUUGUUCACCUUUUCUACACUCCAUUAGAUCCAUUGCUAUGA